GGGGAGCGGAUCCUGCGGGAUAAAGCCCUGAGCAUCCCCCUGGACGCCGUUCCCGGCUAUUCCCAGCGGGAUCCGCGCUCCCAGCUCCAGCGCUUCUCCCACAUCCGCAAGGACGUGGUGCUGCUCCGGCCUCCCUUCGCUCGCUCCGUGCUCUGGAGCCCCGAGGAUCUCAUCCCGCUCCCCCUCCCCAAGCAGGAUCCCCUUCUUCUUCUUCCUCCUCCUCCUCUUCCUCCUCCUCCUCCCGCCGACCCUCGGGUCGCCCGGCCGCCCUCGGACCCUCGGACGCCUCGUCCGGCUUCAUCCGAAUCCUCAUCCUCCUCAUCAUCCUCAUCAUCAUCAUCAUCAUCAUCCUCGGCUCUCCCCGACUUCGAGCUCCUCUCCCGCAUCCUCAAAAGCGUCGCGUCCUCCUCGCCCGGCGACAAACCCAGCGACCCCCGGGUGCGGAAGGCCCCCAGCGACCCCCGGCUGCAGAAAGCUCCGGAGAGCGGCGAUUCCCGGCCGCUCCAGAAAGCUCCGGAAGAUUCCCAAAGCUCGGAGCCCGAGCCCGGCCCGGCCAUCGCCCCCUACGACCCUCGGCUGAGCUGGGGGGGCUGCGGCCAGAGCAGCGUCCUGAGCGCCAUCAGCCUCUACGACCCCCGGACUUGCGGCUCGUCCAAAGAACCCCAAAACGAGGGGAAUUCAUCCCAAAAAUGCGGCGGGGAAGGGGGGAAGAGGUGCCCCAAGGAUCCGCCCUUCGUGCGGCGCUCGGCGUUGGAGCAGGCGGAGGAGAGAGCGGAGAGCUCGGACAGGUACAACAGCUACAACCGGCCACGAGGAGCCAAAAUCGGGGAGGGGGUUUUUGGGGGGUCCCCCUCGGGGGUCUCCUCGGGGGUCUCCCACAACCCACCCCCCGUGUUUGGGGUGAGCCCCGGGAGGGAGGAGGACGGGGAUAAAUCGCUCAAGGACGUGUUCAAAGGCUUCGACCCCACGGCGUCGCCGUUUUGUCAGUGAGGAG